UUCAAAGGAAAAACAGAGGAAGAAGAGCAGGCAUUGAUGGCGGAGGGGGAAAAGGAGAAGAACACGACGAGCGAAGAGAGCGUGAAGCUGUUCGUUGGUCAAGUGCCGAAGCACAUGACGGAAGCUCAAGUUCUUGCAAUCUUCAAAGAGUUUGCUCUGGUGGACGAAGUCAACAUCAUCAAGGACAAGGCUACUCGCGCCUCUAGAGGAUGCUGCUUUGUUAUAUGCCCGUCGAGAGAGGAGGCCGAUAAGGCGAUCAAUGCUUGUCACAGUAAGAAGACUUUUCCUGGGGCAUCUAGUCCGUUGCAAGUGAAGUAUGCAGAUGGCGAGUUAGAAAGAUUAGAGCACAAACUCUUUGUUGGCAUGCUGCCAAAGAAUGUCUCAGAAGCUGAAGUUGCUGCUUUAUUUUCUAAAUAUGGAACCAUAAAGGACCUACUGAUUAUAAGAGGUUCUCAACAAACAAGUAAAGCAGGCUGUGCCUUUUUGAAAUAUGAGACUAAAGAACAAGCGCUUGAUGCUCUGCAGGCCGUUAAUGGAAAGCAUAAAAUGGAGGGUUCAAGUGUCCCUCUGGUUGUCAAAUGGGCAGAUACAGAGAAGGAAAGGCAUGCACGAAGGGCUCAGAAAGCCCAAUUUCAAGCUUUGAAUAAUCCAUAUGCUGAUUUACAGCUUCCUUCAUUGUUUGGAGCCUUGCCGAUGGGUUAUGUUCCCCAGUACAAUGGAUAUGGAUACCAGGCUCCAGGAAGUUAUGGACUUAUGCAGUACCACUUUCCACGAAUGCAGAAUCAGCCUGCAUUUCGCAAUAUGAUUCCUCCAGUAAAUCAAGCAAGUGCUUUGCGAGGAAUCAGAGCUGAUCUCGCUCCCAAUAUUGCUCCUAGAAACUAUGCUAUGUCUCCUGGAAGUUAUGUUGGCUUGGCUUACCCAGGUGUGCAAGGCCUUCAGUACCCCAUGGCAUAUCCUGGAGGAAUGAUGAGCCACCGUCCAUUGACCGGUUCACCUGGUUCAAUGCCACAAGCAAAUACAAGCAGUAAUUCUUCAUCAUCUUCCAGCGCUGGUACAAGUUCGGGUGGCCAGAUUGAAGGUCCUCCUGGUGCAAAUCUUUUUAUUUAUCACAUACCUCAAGAAUUUGGUGAUCAAGAGUUGGCUAACGCUUUUCAAGGAUUCGGCAGGGUCCUAAGUGCAAAGGUCUUUGUCGACAAAGCAACGGGGGCUAGCAAAUGUUUCGGAUUCGUUAGUUAUGACUCUCCGGCAGCUGCUCAAAAUGCAAUAAACUUGAUGAAUGGAUGCCAAUUAGGUGGUAAGAAACUGAAGGUUCAGCUUAAGAGAGACAACAAACAUAUUAAACCUUAUUGAUUGGCAGCCGAGUCAUGGAAUGAGGCCAAAAAUGUCCAUACACGUGGUUGCAAUAAACUCGGAUGCAUCGACUGACUGCGGUUUCGUCAUUCUGGAUGGAUUAAGGAUGAUAACCUGUGGGUAUAGGUUUCAAACCAUCCUAGUAAUUGAUUCAUGGGAUCAAAAUCCCAGAAACUUGUAUAAUUCAUGGAGCAAUCCGUGCGCUACACAAUUUGUAUUCUGUGUAUCAUUCAAUUCCAUUUAAGCACCAAAUAUUAAUUUAUUGAUU